CGGAAAAAAAUUACAAAAGCCUCUAAACGGGGUUGCAGUGUACACUGUAUGUCCGGAUAAAUGGAAGAUAGCCGUUGAACGGAAUUUUCGAACGGAGCAGGUGAAUUCUAACUAUGGCCGACCGAUUUCCGCCAGAAAUCGUGAUCGAAAUCUUAAUUCGAGCUGAGGUGCAGACUCUUCUACGCUGCAGGUCCGUGUCCAAAAAGUGGCUUGCCAUAAUUGACGCCCCUGAUUUUAUCAAACACCAAAUCAAUCACUCCAUCAAGACCAGCACCAAUAAAACCCUCUUCGUCAAAGAAGAAUAUGGCCGAUUCUAUGAUUACGACUUCGAUUGCUCCGAUUCAUGUGGGACUAUGGAGUUCCGUGAGCUACCAAAUAGUUCCCGGACUCGUUCUGUUUCAUUAGUCGGGUCUUGCAAUGGUUUGAUAUGCUUGAGGAACGAAAGCAACGAUGAUAUUCUCAUAGUGAACCCGUCUACUCGAAAGCAUCAUUGGUUUCCAGGUUUUUUGCCUCUUAACUUCCAUAGUUGUGUUAAUUUGACCUGGGAUGGAACUUGGUUUCGCGGGUCAGGAUAUGGGUUCGGGUAUGAUCGUGUCUCUGAUGAUUAUAAGAUUGUGAGGAUUGCGCAAGUGCAUAAUACUGCUAAGAGUUGGUUCUUGAAAUCUGAAAUGCUGAUUUGUAAAGUGAAAACCAAAAUUGUAAGAGCAGUUAAAAUACCUUUUGUAGUUCCUACUAGUCAUAGGAUGGGUGUGCUUGCUAAUGAGGCUUUGCAUUGGAUAGCUUUUAGAUAUGAUAAUCCGAGCAGUUCGGAAGUAAUUUUGGUUUAUGAUCUUGUGACUGAUGAAUUUCGAGAGGAUCCACUGCCUGAGUUUCAUGAGUCUGGAAUGGAUAUUGGUUUAUUAGGAACAUGGUUAUGCUUAACCGUUAAUCAUGAAGGUGUGGGUGUUGUUGUAUGGGUGAUGAAAGAAUAUGGGGUUAAGGAAUCUUGGAUUAAACUCUUUUCAAUUUCACAUACUGAUCUGAAAUAUGGCUCUCUUAGACCUUUGGGUUUUUCAAAGAGAUGGUUGGAAGUUUUGUUGGAGUUGGAUGGAGACAGGCUUGUUUGGUAUGAUAUAGAGAAGAAAAAAGCUGAAGACAUUUUGCUUCAUGGAUCGCAAAUGAGAUAUUUUGAAGCAAUUAUUUUUUUGAGAAGCCUUGCACGGGUUCCGGCUGAUGCAAAUUGAGUAAUGGAUGAGAAGCACCAGCAUCCAAAGAGAAAGUGGGGAAAAAAAGUCUUGGAAGAAGGGUUUUACACUCCUGAUGCAAGGAAUCUGCUCAAGCACAUGAAGAGAGUUCUGAAUGCGGGGUUUAUACCAAUUACUUUAUCUUGUAAAGGUCGUGGGCAAUCAUAUAGAUAAAAGAUCAACACAGCAGACUUUUUGAAGGGUUUAGGAAUUGCUUGUAAUUGCCAGUUUGAAAUCUUUUGCUUAUUUUAUCCAUUUUACUUGUAAGGUUAUCUUGUGCUACUUUAUUCAAUUAUUCGUAUUAUUAAAGCAUCUUGUGACUCGCUAA